AUGUUGAACCCUGUUAGUCGUCUGCUUGUUUUUCCACUUCUCUUCAUAAUCUUCAAUCAAUCAUUUGCAACUGCAGCGACAUACAAUGUUCUCAACUUAGGGGCCAAACCUGACGGCAGGACCGACUCAGCCAAGUCUUUCCUCAAUGCUUGGGCUGCAGCUUGUGGCUCAGUCAAACCGGCCACGAUCUGUGUGCCACGGGGAAGGUACUUGCUUCAUAAAGCACACUUUGCAGGCCAUUGCAAGAACACUGCAAUAACCAUCAUUAUUGACGGCACCCUCCUAGCUCCCUCAGAUUACCAUGUUAUCGGAAAUGCUCAUAACUGGAUCCUAUUCGAGGGAGUCAAUGCAGUUUCUAUACGUCCGUCCUUGCGUGGUGGGAUGCUUGAUGGGCAAGGGACUGGUUUGUGGUUAUGCAAGGCCACCGGCAAGAGUUGCCCUAGAGGUGCCAGUGCCACG